AUGGCAUCCAUAGCCCACCUCCCACCCGAGGUCCUCCUCCAGGUAAUCGCCAGCCUGGGUGGUCCACACCACAAGGACAGCCUCGCUGCCCUCGACGCGACGAACCGGCGGCACUACGCCUACGCCAACCCCGUCCUCUACGACCUCGAGGCCCGGGACGAGCACAGCUAUACGCUGUACGCGGCCGCGCAGUCGGGCGCCGCGCGGACGCUCCAGCAGCUCAUCGACGCCGGCGUCGACGUCGGCCGUCCGUGGUACUAUAUCCUGUCGCGGCUCCGGCUCGAGGCCGGCCGCUUCCGGAGGCGCGUCUUCACCGGCGAGUACGCGAGCGAGGCAGAGCUGCCGGUGCUCCGCCGACGAAGACGGCUUUUCCGGUAUCUCAAACGGACCUCGCCGAGUGCGCGGAGGGAUUGUCCGCUUGAGGGGGCGGAUUGGGUUAAUUGGUUUGAUGACGCGUCGCUGGACGACGAUGAUGACUGCGAGCUGGAGGUAGGUGUGGUGGAGGGGCCGCCAGCUUGUUGUUGCUUCACCAAGCGAGCCGACAUGUAUGUGGUGGACCCGCGGAAUGCCACGAUCUACUGGACGGCGCUGCACGCCGCUGCCCUGGGCGGCGAUGAGCGGACGGUCGAAUUGCUCAUUGCGAACGGCGCCGAUGUCAAUGCCAGCUCGGAUGGCUUUUGCGAGUGCGGCAACGUUAGCUUCGGUGUCUGGGCAGAUGAUGUCUACGGGCCGAAUCGGACGGGUGGGAUGGGUGCUGUUCGUGUCGAGGACCUGUGGGCUGAGGAGGAGGGCAGGAGGCCGACGAUGGCGCCGGCCACGCCCUUGCUUAUUGCUAUUUGUCACGGGCAUGAGUCUGUCGCCCGGCUGCUUUUACGUCGUGGGGCGUCGCCUUUUCUUGAGGUAUCAUCACCUACUGGACCUGGGUUUGAUGACAAUACUGGGACGGGUGCGCAUAGCUCAUCAUCACGUGAAGCCCAAAGAGAACCUGCUUCUGGGGUAAGAGGUAGAUGGAAAGGGGUUACAGCCCUCCAUCUGGCAUCCCACCGUGGAUUCGGCACGCUCGUUCGUCACCUACUAGAAGACGGCUACCAGUCAGAAGUGGAUGUCGAGGACGACAUCGGCCAGACUCCGCUGGCAUAUUUGUUCGGCGCAGGCAAUUUCGAUGACGUGGUGCCCUACCUGUUGAGUAGAGGUGCCAAUAUCAACGUCGACCUCGGCGGCGGCGCGACUACUCUUCUCGAAGCGUGCUGGCAUGGGAGAUACGACGAUGCCGUCAACUGA